GCAAUUCGAAACAAUCGUGUUCGUGUACUUUCGGAUUUUUGUGAAAAAAUUUCGUUUUCACGUCUCGCUUAAGAAAAACUUAAAUUUUUUACAUUUAACUUAAUGUAAAAUAACUAAGAUCUAUUGUAAAAUGUAAAAGCAAGCAUCAGCUAUUAAAAAACACAAACAUCUAAAGAAAAACAAGUGUUUAAUUAAGAAAAAAUUGCAAGUGAAUAAUUCAAGGAAAACAUUUUUUUUCUUCUCCCAACAAACGAUGCCGCAGUAGUUAUGUAGAUAUUUAUAUGUGUGUGCGUGUGUGUGUUUUUUUUAGAGAGCUUGUGUAUAUAUGUUUGUGCAUAAAUGUGUGUUUAUUAAGCGGAGAAAAACACAAAAAAAGAAAUGAGAGAAAUAACAAGCAAAUAAUAAUGAAGAACGUAAUAAUCAAGCAGCAUUUUUAAACAGAAGAAGAACAAAAUAUACAAGCAAAUAAUAUAAAAAAUAUCAAGAAAAAAAGUGAAAUAUAAAGAAAAGUAUAAGAUUUUAUAAAAAAAAUUAACAAAAAACAAUAUUUAUAAAUAAAUAUAACAAACAGUUAAAAAAAACUUUUACUUAAAAACCCAUAAACAAAAAUCGAAAGAAAAACCGGUCAUUUGACAAAACAACAAGCAAACCAUUAAUUAAAAACAACAAAAAUUUAAAGAAGAAAUUUUGUAUAGUGGUCAACUGUAAUAAAAAUAUUGCUUUUCAUAACGAACACAAAUUAAAUUGAAUGACAAAAUGAGUUACAAUCAAAAACCACCUGGUUCGAGUGGCAGUGGCAUGGGCGGUGGACCGCCCAAUGGUCCCAACAAUAUGCCACAGGUAGCGAAAACAUUUGCUGCUGGCAUACAGCAACAAAUGCAGAAUUUAGUACAUGGUCAAAAUGCCAUACCACAGUCAGCACAGGCCGAUAUAAAUGCGUUUCUACAGCAACAAAGAAUACAGAGUAUGUUGAAGCAACAGCAGCAAUUCUUACAGUUUCAACAUCAAAUGCAGCAACAACAACAGCAUCAACAGCAACAACAUCAACACCACAAUAUGGGCGGAGGUGUAGGUCCUAGCCCUGUAGGUGGGGUAGCCGGUGUGGGAGGUGUUGCCGGACCGGGUAGUAGUGGACCUGGUGGCAGUGGAGAACCUUUAUCCUUAACACGUACAGCGGGAGCAGCGGAGCUGUUGAAUAAAACCUAUCAACAGCAGGCUAAUGGUAAUCCAGCUGCCAAUCCCGCAUUCAAUCAGUUACAACAAACAUUACAGGCCUUACCCACAAAUUUCGUACAGCUGUUCCAAUACCAGAUGCAGGCCAAGCAAAUGCAACAACAGCAGCAACAACAACAGCACGGUGGCGGUCAGGGUCAACAUGGCCAUGGUCAACAGCAACCGGUACAGGGUGUACCGCCUCCGCCACCUACCACAACUGCAAUGUCUCACCAACAGCAGCAGCAACAACAACAGCAAAAGCACCAGAAUCAACAUCAGCAACAACAACAGCAGAAUGCUAUAUCACGUUACCUUACAGCAGCGGCAGCUCAGGCGGCAGCGGUGAGUGGCAAUAAAAUGAGUUCUGCUACUCCUCCACCACCACCGCCUUUGACAAACCAAAUGAAGCCCCCAAAUCUGCCACCGAAUACCCAAAUAACACCUGUAACAGCAGCUAAUGUUGCCGGUGGUAACUUAUCGGCCGGUCCUCAUCCCAAAAUGUCUACCGGUAAUACAAAUACCAGCUCUGGCUCUAAACAUCAAGGUCCACCACCAUCCAUAUCACUAACGCCAUCGAAACCGUCAGCAACAGGACCAAGUGUUGCACACCAGCAAAAUAAAUUCACACCACCCACAAAUACUGGUGGCGGUGCUGGAGCAAAAGGCCCACACUUGGCACAUUCGGCGGGACAUUCGCAAAAUUUACCAAAAUCAACACAUGGCGCUACACAUACAGCUACUAGCAAUACUACAAGUCCCGCUAAGACUGGUGCUGCGAAUACUGCGGAUGUUACUGUGGCUGCUUUGAAAUCACCACAAUCUACACCAGUACAAUUGACAAAACAAAUGCCUUCAACGGCCACUACAGCUGCGAUGGGCAAUAAAACAACUAAUACAACAGGAGCUACUACAACCAUGGUUUCACCACUUAAAUCUACAAUACCAACAACAACAGCAGUACCAGCAGCAACAACAGCACAAACACCUAAUGCUACUAAUACAUUUACCACUGCUCCAACAGUUGGACCCAUUACCACCUCCACUACCACUAUUACACCAGCAACUAAUGCUGUUGCAACAAAACCAACGGGUGCUGCUAAACCAGCUAUAGAUGAAUUGUCUCCUUCAAAAGUACCACUUAAAAUUUUAAAUGCUGAAAAAGAGCCUGUCAAAACAGCUUCAAAUGACAGUAAUAAACCAUCUACAGAGUCAAGUGCAGCUUCUGCUACUGACAGCAAUAAAAAGGAGACAGACAAGCCGAAAGAUAUCAAAUUGGAUGCGGCAGCAGCAACAUCAGCACCACCAAUAAUAGUUAACAAACCGGCUGUACCAGCCUUGGAGUUAAAGGAGUCUAUUGAGAAAAAUGAUUCAAAAUCAAUUACAGCUACCACUACUACUUCAAAUCCGGUAAAAGCGGUUGCACCAUUACCACUAACAUCAAAAGUGACAGAAGAAAAACCAGAAUCUGUUGUCAAAGCAAAUAAAACGGAUAAUCAAGAGAUCAGUGAAAACGAAAAGAAACUAGCGGAUGCUAAGAAAGCAACAGAAAAGGAUAAAACCUCAACUGUUGAUGAAAAGUCUAGCACUGCCGCUACACCAACUGCAGCUAUAGCUGCAACAGCAACUCCCAAACAAACGGAAACACUUAAAACUGAUGACAAGAAAGUAACAGAUGAUUCUAAUCAAAUCAAGAACUCCCCAGAAGAUAAAAAAGCGGAAAGUAAAGAAAAAGUUGUAGAAAAAGAAAAAGAUAAGACAAUUAAAACUACCAAAUCAUCAACUAAAGUAGAAGAAGGAGAAAAAAUCGUUUCCUCAAAAGAUGUACAAAAAAUUGAAAAAGAAACGGACAAGACAAACACUGCCGUAGAGACAAAAACACCCACAACAACAACACAAACGCUCGCUGUCAAAUCUACAGAAAAAGAGGAGAACAAUGUUAAGACUUCAUUAGAAGUAAGCAGUAAAAAAGAUAAAGUUGAAAGUGUGCCAGCUAAAAAUCAGGAAAAACAAUCGGUUGCAAAUGCCGAGGAAAAGGAACCAAUAAAAGCAUCCAAGGAAAGCACUCCAGAGGAUAAUAUUAAAGAAACUGCUCCAAAGGAGAAAGAGGAAACUGUAAAAUCGAUUAAAUCGACUGAAAAGGCUGAAACUACAACUACUGUAAAACCAACAACAGCGGCAACAAACAACAAAACAAAUUCUGAAGAAAGUGUUAAGGAUACAAACGAAAGUACACAAAAAGAAAAAGAAACAGCAACGGCGACACCUAUCAAAAAAUUGGGUCGUUUAGGUAAGGGAGCUAAAAGUAAAGCAACUGCUACAGCCGCUGCAGCAGCAACUCCUGCGGUAGAAACUAAAACUCCUGAAACACAAGAAGAAAAACCAGCAGCUACAAGUACUCGUGUCAAAAGAAAACUUAAAACAGCCGACAUUUUGAUAGCUUCAAAUUCCACACCCUCAACACCUAACGAUGAUGAUUCAGAUCGUAAAUCAAAACGUCAUCGUCUUAAGACAAUACUCUACCAAAGUCCUCUUCCUGAGUUGGCCUACAUAACCAAGCUAUCCGCCAGUGAAGCUUCCAAUUCGCCCAAACCCAUGUCGAAUGAGGAUCGUUUAAUUGUAUUCUAUAAAAAUGAAUAUAUGGCCGUACGCAAUGCUGAGGGUACAUUCUAUUUGUGCCAAACAAUGCAAAAUGUUUAUCGCACCUCACCGCGCAUAAGCAUUCGUUGGCUGUCGGAGGAUACUAAAGACAGCAAUGUUUUCAUACCGGAUUUCUAUGAUCACACCGAUAUCGAGUGUGUGCUAACAACGGUUGAACUGAAGCGCAUCGAUAAGGGACACUUGCGUUUGCCCAAAGCCGAAAGAAAUCGCAUUGAAAGCAUACUCAAGAAGGCUAUAGAUGUGGAAAAGGGCUUGGUACCAAGACCAGAAUUAACCGAAGAAAAUCCUGAUGGUCUUGACAUAUCCCUCUUCAAAGAUGAAUCUCAAAUUGAAAAGAAAUCCUCUUUAGCAGAGGGUAGCGAAAGUCAAACACCUUCAACGGCGGCUAGUAGAAAAUCUAGAAGAACAACAACCGCUGCUGCCUCAUCAGCCCGUAAAUCAAACACAACAGCUGCUACGCCCUCAACGUCCGCAGCCAAUAAACGUAAACGUGCGGCUAGUUCGGCGACCUCGUCGAGUUCACGUAAAUCGUCGGCUAAAAAACGAAAAACUUUGCUUAAACGCAAAAAGAAGUUGAGUAAUAGUGAUGGUGAAGACGAUGACGACUCCUCAGAUGAUGCUGAAUCUGAUGUUGAGUAUAAGCCUACGCAAAAGAAAUCAUCUUUAAAUGCGACAAGUGCAUCGAAAACAACGCCUCGUGCACAAAGGUCACCUUUAGCUAAGGCAAGAGCUGCAUCGCCGAUAACACCAACCACAUCUAGAUCAUCUAAAAUUGUACCUCAAAAAGAAACACCUACACCUACACCGUCUACAUCAAAAGCUUCUCGAGGCGAAAGAGCUGCCAAAAGGAAAUCACUAACCGAUGCCGGCUCAUCCGAAGAAGCAACAACGCCAGUCAAAAAACCAGCGACAACCUCAAACAACAAAAGUAAAGCAUCUGAUAAAGAUACGAACGAGGCUACUCCUGUAAAAAAAUCGUCCCUCAUUGAUAAUAGUAGUACUAGUGGUAGUAGUAGUAGUGGUGGUAGUUAAACUUCACAGACAUCACACAACAUCAACACGUCAGAAAAAAAAGAAACGAUUCUGCUCUUCUCACAUCAUUUUAUAAAAUCCACGGCCUCUGCUAAAAAUUGUUUUCGAUGAUGAUGAUGAAGGUGCUCUACCGAAGUCGCAAAUAGAUUUACACAAAAUAAGGUAUUCCACAUCAUCAUGAAAUUGAUUGUAAGCUGUACGAGUAUAAUGAUGUUUUCAAUAAAAAGGUAAACGUUUCUUUUAUUAUUUUCUAGUUUUUAAGUUUCAGCAUAAUUCUUAAUUUAUCCCCCCCCCCCCUUUUUUUCUUACAAAGUCACUCUUAUAUAAAUUUAAAUUUUAUAUAUUUUUUUCGUUUUCUUAAAAACAACCAUAACUUUUUCAAUUAAAGCGUUAAGUAAAUAUUUUUCAAUAAUAUAUGAAACCACAACAAGCUAUUCUUAAGAACCUAACACUAAUAAUGCUUAAAAAAAAUAAUAACUUCUUUUUUUAUUUUCCAUUUUUUUUUGUUUGUUUUAAAUAUUUUUUUAUAUAUAUAUUUUUAUAAUGAUAAUAACUACUGAUUAAAAUAUAAUGUGUAAUAUUUCUCAUAAUAUUUAAGUUAAGUUGAACAAAAGUGGUCGUCCCCCUUCUUCCUCUCCCUAAAAUUAUAGAUACGCAUAUGAAGCGUAUGUGUUUAUUAUAUAAAUAUGUUUAUUUUUUAUAACGUUUAACUAAUUUUUUUUUUAUUUUUAUUAUUAAUUGGCAUAACUUUACCAAUUUAUUAUACAUAUAUAUAUAGAGAGAGAUACAUAUAUACAUAUAUAUUUAAUGUAUUAAUUAUUAAUUUUCUAGUUUUUAAGUUGAAACAUACACAUUUUUCUUUGUCUUUUGUUGUGCAUUUAAUGUACGAUUAUAUUGAUCAUAUUCGUUUUGUAAAACAACCGUUUUUUUAUCUGUCUAAAUAUUGAGAAUAUAGAUUUUGAUUUAGAUUUUCUUUAAUUGUAUUUUGAUUGUCUGAUUAAAGUUUAGUUUUGAAUCCAAAUCACUAUUUAAUGUUAAUAAAAUAGAAAUAUGUGCAAAAUAAUUUUAUUUUCAAGUUGUUGUCAAGAAAUAGAGAUACAUUUUAUCCAGUUGUAUUCAGAAAUGUUAAGAGAUUUUGAAUAGCUGAAAAAAGCUUUUUUUGUUUUGAAUUUUUUGAUUAACGUUUGUAUAAAUUGUUUAUAAAAACAAGUUUAGUUUGAAAAGCAAAUCUUCUUUUGUCAACACACUUAUGCGAAAAAAGCAAAACAUUUAAAGGUUUUAAGAAAAAAGCUUGUAAAAGUUUUUUGUACAAGCUUUUUGGUAAAAAAGUUUGUAAAAGGUCUUUGGUAAAAAAGUUUGUAAAAGCUUUUUGGUAAAAAGCUUAUAAAAGCUUUUUGGUAAAAGAGCUUAUAAAAGCUUUUUGGUAAAAGAGCUUGUAAACGCUUAUUGGUAAAAAAGCUUUCAAAAAAUGUUUGGUAAAAGAGCUUGGAAAAGCCUUUAAGUAAAAAAGCUUAAAAAAGACUUUCAGUAAAAAAGCUUGUAAAAGUCUUUAAAUAAAAAAGCUUGCAAAACCUUUUUAGUAAAAAGGUUAAAAAAGCAUUUUAGUAAAAAAGCUUGGAGAAGCUAUUUAACGCAGAAGGCCUAAUAGUGAAAAAGCAUAGAAAAGAUUUUAAGUUAUAAGCUUGGAAUAGCUUUUUAGUAAAUAAUCUUUUAAAAAAAGCUUUUUAGCAAGUUGAUCGAAAAGUUUUGAGUAAAAAAACAAAGAAAGGUGUUUUUGAAGACAAUAUGUUGUUUGUUGUACAAAAGUUUACAACUUUUUUUUGUGUAAAAGCUUCGAAAAGCUGUAUUUCACACAAGCUGCUAUGUAAAGAAACAUUUUCUCCUAAAAGCUUUCUAAUACAAAGUGCUUAAAAAGCCUUUUUGUGCAAAAGCUUUUGAAAACUUUUUUUGUGAAAAGGUUUAAAAGAGCUUUUUUGUUGCUUUUAAAAAAGUAAUCAUAAAAAGCGUUUAAUUUAAAAUGCUUAGAAAAGCUUUUAAAUUUAAAAUGGCUUAGAAAAGCCUUAAUGAAAACGCUUUAUUAGAAAAAAAGCUUUGGGAAAUUCAGUUUUUUGAAAAAGCUUUUAAAAAAAUAUUUUUGAAAAGAUUUAGAAGAGCAUUUUUGUUGCUUUUAAAAGUUUAGAAAAAAGUUUAGAAAAGCUUUCUAUUAAAAGAAAUAUUAAAAAAGCUUUUAAUUUAAAAUUAGAAAAAAAAGCUUAAGGAUUUUCAGUUUGAAAACCUUUAUUUGUUGCUUUAAAAACAUACAAAAGCUUUCUAUUUCAUUAAAAAAGCUUUUAAUUUAAAACGCCUAGUAAAGCUGUCAAACUUAAAAUGGCUUAGGUAAAUCUCAAUAAAAAGCUUUAGCUUUUCUCAAUAAAAAGCUUUAGCUUUUCUCAAUAAAAAGCUUUAGCUUUUUAUUGAGAAAAAAACUCUUAAGCAAAAUUGUGUUAGCAACAAGCAUAGUUUUGUUAGCAACAAACAGUUAUAAAAAACUUUUUAACCAGAAAUAUUAAAACACUUUUCUUCAAUUCGUUUUAUUGAAAGCUUUUUGUGUUUCUUUUUUAGUUAUGAUUUUAUUUUCUUUUGGAAACAAAACAUUCUUUUAAUUUUAUAUAUUUACUUGUUUAUAAAUAAACAAUUUCUUUGCGGGAUCUAUGUUAUGAAGCUUCACAGAAUGAAUCAUUUUUAGGUCUUAAAAUAACUUUCUGAUUUCCAACAUUUGAUCCACUUUCUUCUUCAGCAACUUUAUUAAACAUUUAAUCACUUAUUUUAAACAUACUGGAUAAAAUUGUACAAAAAAAAAAAAAAAAUAUAAAUACAAACAAUUUUCAUAUCAUUUAAAAGUUCCCAAAAGUGCAACAACAACAACAAAAUUUAACUUAAAAAAUUAACAAUUAAACUUAAAUGUUUCAUAAUCAAGUAAAGCGAAUCUUUAAUUUGUUUAAGUGUUUUUUUUUUGUUUAAAAUAUUUUUUAAGUUAAUUUAACACAAUAACAAUUGAAUUAUUUAAACAAACUGUUAAAAACUUUAAAAAAAAAAAACUUCAUAAUUAAAAUCCUUAAGGAAAAAGAAAGUUAAUUAAUUUAUUAACAAACAAACUCCUCUACUGCUAUAAACCCUUUAAACAAAUCAUGACAAACAAUUUACAAAACAUUAACAAAUUAAAAGUAAAAUCUAUAUUAAGAAGAGUUUAAACAAAAAUUAAACCAUAUUAUAAAUACAACAACAACAACAA